CUAGUAGACCCUGCUGGACCUGGUAGAUCCUGCUGCAAUUGGUGGACCUAGUAGACCCUGCUGGACUUGGUAGAUCCUGCUGCAAUUGGUGGACCUAGUAGACCCUGCUGGACUUGGUAGAUCCUGCUGCAAUUGGUGGACCUAGUAGACCCUGCUGGACUUGGUAGAUCCUGCUGCAAUUGAUGGUCCUAGUAGACCCUGCUGUACUUGGUAGAUCCUGCUGCAAUUGGUGGACCUAGUAGACCCUGCUGGACUUGGUAAAUCCUUCUGCAAUUGGUGGACCUAGUAGACCCUGCUGGACUUGGUAGACCCUGCUGCAAUUGGUUGUCCUAGUAGACCCUGCUGGACUUGGUAGAUCCUGCUGCAAUUGGUGGACCUUGCAGACCCUGCUGGACUUGGUAGACCCUGCUGCAAUUGGUGGUCCUAGUAGACCCUGCUGGACUUGGUAGAUCCUGCUGCAAUUGGUGGUCCUAGUAGACCCUGAUGGACCUGGUAGAUCCUGCUGGACCUGGCAGACCCUGCCGCAAUUGGUGGACCUAGUAGACCCUGUUGGACCUGGUAGACCCUGCUGCAAUUGGUGGUUCUAGUAGACCCUGAUGGGCCUGGUAGAUCCUGCUGGACCUGGUAGACCCUGCUGCAAUUGGUGGUCCUAGUAAACCCUGCUGGACCUGGUAGACCUGCUGAAAUUGGUGGUCCUAGUAGACCCUGAUGGACCUGGUAGAUCCUGCUGGACGUGGUAGACCCUGCCGCAAUUGGUGGACCUAGUAGACCCUGCUGGACCUGGUAGAUCCUGCUGCAAUUGGUGGUCCUAGUCGACCCUGCUGAACCUGGUAGACCCUGAUGCAAUUGGUGGACCUAGUAGACCCUGCUGGACCUGGUAGACCCUGCUGGAUCUUGUAAACCCUGCUGGGAUUAGUGCACCUGGCCGACCCUGCUGGACCUGGAAGACCUUGCUGGAGCUGGUAAACCCUGCUGGUUGUGGUAAACCCUGCUGGGAUUAGUGGACCUGGUAGACCCUGCUGGACCUGUUAAACCUUGCUGGGAUUGGUGGACCUGAUAGACUGGAGAAGAUUGUCAACCCUGCUGGACCUGGUGCAGAACCCAAGUAGAAAAGAAUAGCACGUAGUCGGGUGGACAGGAAAUGGAGACCAUGCGGGAGCUGUCCCAUGUCAGCCUGCAGGCUCCUCCCUCCCCCCACGGUCCCUCCUUCUCAGUGCAGACUUCCAGGAAGUUCCCCUUCUUCUCCCUGGUCAAACGGUGCAGGUACGAGGCGGAGGACGGCGUCUCCUUUUCCCGCCUGCGGCUGGACGACUUGGACGUGGUCAAGACGCUGGGAGUGGGUGGCUUCGGACGCGUGGACCUGGUGCAGCUGAGGAGCAACAAGGCCAGGACCUUCGCCAUGAAGCGUGUGGUGGUGGCCACGCAGCAGCAGGAGCACGUGCGUUCAGAGAAGGUCAUCAUGAGCCAGACCACCUGCCGCUUUAUGGUUAGGUUGUACCGUACCUUUAAGGACAGCAAGUACCUGUACCUGCUGAUGGAGGCGUGUCUUGGUGGCGAGCUGUGGACGCUCCUGAGGGACAGAGGUUCCUUUGAUGACCUCACCAGCAGGUUCUACGUGGCUUGCGUCCUGCAGGCCUUGUCCUACCUGCACGCCAGAGGGAUUGUGUACAGAGACCUCAAACCUGAGAACCUCCUUCUGGACAGCGCUGGAUACGCCAAGCUGGCAGACUUUGGUUUCGCCAAGAAGAUGGGCUUUUCUAAGAAGACGUGGACCUUCUGCGGAACUCCCGAGUACGUGGCCCCAGAGGUCCUCCUCAACAAGGGCCACGGCCUCUCAGCGGACUACUGGUCUCUGGGCGUCCUGAUGUUUGAGCUGCUGACGGGCAGCCCGCCGUUCUCCGGUCCGGAUCCGAUGAAGAUCUACAGCGUCAUCCUGGGAGGCAUAGGUUUGGUGGAGUUCCCUGAGACGGUCACAGAGGACGCCAGCAACCUCAUCAAGAAGCUGAUCAGAGACAAGCCCAAGGAGAGACUUGGAAGCCAGAGGCAUGGAGUCGGAGACAUCCUGAGACACAAGUGGUUUGACGGCUUUGACUGGCCAGGUCUGAAGAAAGGAACGCUGACUCCGCCCAUCACACCUGACGUUUCCUCAGCGACUGACACCAGAAACUUUGACACGUACCCCGAAGACGGUGAGGCGGCGCCCCCAGACGACAACUCAGGAUGGGACAAAGACUUCUAGAACCUCAACAACUUCAGAUUAGACC